UAAAUCCGAGAUUGUAUCCAGCGAUGAUAUUCCUCCAUCCGCAACCUGCGGACGCUCCAUGUCGUGGUGACAGGGUUUAACUAUACAUGACGUCACAUUAAUAUAAGUUUUUUUUGUUAGUUAUGGAAUGUGGUUACGGGCUGUUUGUUCAGUAAAUUCCAGUUUUACUGUAUUUGCUUUAAGUGUAGUGAAGAGUUUUAUUAUACCAGAAAAAUGGGUCGACGUUCAAUUAAUACCACUAAAAGUGGAAAAUAUAUGAACCCAACAGACCAAGCUAGGAAAGAAGCUCGUAAGAAAGAGCUGAAGAAGAAUAAAAAGCAGAGGCAAAUGGUACGGGCUGCUGUUUUGAAGGGGAAGGAUCCCAUUCAGCUUAUUGCAGAAAUGGAGAAAAUCGAUCAGAUGGAGUAUAAUGUGUUGCAACCACCACCGUUAAAUGAGAAAGUUUUAAAAGAUAAGCGAAAGAAGUUGAAAGAAACUCUUGAGCGAGUAAUGACAAUGUAUGACAAAGAUGAUCCUGACAAAUGGGCAGAGCUGAAACGUAUGGAAGUGGAAUAUGAGAAACGUCGAAUUGCCAUGGUAACCUAUGCUGAAUCAGUUCGUCAUGCACAACAAGUUCAGGUUGAUGAUAUACCAUUACCAACACUUCAACUUCCAAAUGAUCCAAACACUUUCAUAGGACUGCCUUCUCAGAUUCCAUUACCGACAGAUCUCCCUGUACCUUUAUCCAGCAUUGUUUCUCACCCAAUCAUGACAUUACCUGUCCCACCAGGUAUUACAUUACCACCACCCCAUGGUAUUCUAAAAAAGACAUCAGCUUAUACCUCAAUUCCAGUAAAACCCAAAACACCACCAGGUGUACCACCAGGACCUCCUCCAGAACUGAGUGAUGAUGAUGAGGAAGAACCCAUGGAUCUAGAUGGUGAAGGUUAUCAGCCAUCUUCUGAUAAGCACACGCCUGCUAUGUCAUCAGGCAUCCCAGAGAAGCAUCCUUCAGUUACAGGUUUACCACCUCGUCAGCGAGUGAUUAGGUUUGCAGAUGAUGAAGUUCCUGAAGCUCCUCCUGAGCAAACCUCUGCUGUUCCUGCGGCUGCAGUAGUAUCUGCAUCUUUAGCACCGACAGCUACAGCGGUAUCAGCUUCAUCACCAUCAACAGUGUCCACUUCAAAACUCUUAGAUUCAAGAAGAGACAAAGAUGAGGAUAGCCUGAGUGUUGAAACUGCUCCAGCUCCUACCCCAAAACCAACAACUCUUCAACAGAAAAUGCUUGCAAUGGCUGGACAGGAUAUUGAUCAGUUUAUGCGAGAGAUGGAGGAAGUCCAUAGGAAACGAGAACAAGAUCGCGCAGCAGAUCUGAAUGCAAGACUAUCAAUGCUUGACUGUGAAAUUAGCAAUGAAACUACAGCAGAUGUAUCAAAACAUGGUGGCAGUGUUUCAAAUAUAAAUACUUCUGGUACAGCUCAGUCACAGGAGAAUGAAGGUGAUGAUUCUCAAAGUCUACAACCACCUGGCACUGGUACAACAGAUUUGACUCUUCCUCCACCUACUACUGUGGCUGUUCAAAUACAACCACCUGUUGCUGCUGGCAGCACCUCAGUUGCAUCAAUAUCAGUUUCAACUCCUGUACCUCAUCUAUCAGGACUACCACCAGUUCCUCCCCUUGGUAUGACACCAAUGAUGUUCAGACCACCACCUCUCCGUCCAGGAGUUCCACCACCUCUUGGGAUCAGGCUUCCUCCAGGACCACCACCUGGUAGACCAGGACUUCCUCCAGGACCACCACCAGGCCUACCACCAAGACUUGGAAUGAGAUUGCCCCCAGGACCUCCACCAGGUAUGCCACCUCGUCUGCUGCGGCCACCUGGUCCCCCGCCACGUCUGCCAACAGGCAUUCCUUUGCCAGGAUUACCUCUACCAACAUCAACUAAUCCAAUUUCAGGUGGACCAACUUCACUCAGUUCUAUUCCAAUUCCUCCUGGCCCAUCUGUCCCUCUUACAAGUAAUCCAAAUGUUCUGAGUGCUGCUCCCCAACUAAUCAACCGAGCUCGCACAGAAGGUGCUGUAGCAGAGGGCAAGAAACAGCAUGGCGCCACUAUAGAAGCUAAGCCACAAAUCAGAAACCUAAGUGCAGAUGUUACUAGAUUUCUACCAACUGCCCUUCGUGUGAAGAGAGAAGAUAAAAAGAAGAAAGAUGCAAGAAUUCCUACUUUAUCAGAACCAAGGGCAGAGAAUUUGGUUCCAAAGCCAUCACCUGCAGCUAGUCAGCAAACAAAGGAUGAUGCUUAUAUGCAAUUCAUGAGAGAAAUGGAAGGUUUAUUGUAAAGUGAAUGUUUGGUCUGUGAAGACCUUCCUGGUUUCUGCAGUGUUAGAAAAGGGUGUAGAAUCCAUUUAUAAGGUGAGAGCAUCCAUGGAGUGGAUUCUGUUACUUCCAGUGAUAUUGUGAUCAUAAGAAUGAUAAUCAGCAGAAAAGGAACCAUAGUGUUGACUUAUGACCAUUAUGGGGGCCUGGUGUUCAUAACACUCAUGAAGUCUUAUCUUUGGCAGAGAUGAAGGCUUAAGUGUAUGCACAGAAAAAGCCACAUAUAGAUAUUAACAAGGAUCAAAGUCAGACCCCUGUGAAUAAGAGCCCUGUAUCUCUUAUCCUUAAGACACCAGGUCUCAAUGAUGAUGAUCUCUAUCUUUAACUUUGUAAUUGGAGAAUGGUACAUUGGAGUAUCCACUCAUUUUAAAUUAGUUCAUUGAUUAUAAUUUAUUUCAUAUCAGGUAUACAUACUUGUCAUUUUAAUUUCAUAAAUUGAUUAAGAAUUGACAGAAAGUAAACAUGGAAACAUGGUACACUGUAUGUGUGUAUGUAUGCUGAUACUUUACAGUGUGCAUGAAGAAAAUAUACCAAGGUAUUCAUCUGUAUUUUCAUAAUUUUUUACUCUGAUGGGCGAUGAGGAAGCUGUUAAUCUCAGUAAAUGAUUUAGGUGGGUGGGUCUGUAAAAGAUGAACUUUAAAAAGAGUUUGGAUAUUGUAUUGUUUUUACGUAAGUACAUCUGGCUCUAUUACUAUUGUACAAAACAUGUGUUUGUCAACAGGAGAAGCCUCUAAUAUAUAACCUUGUUUCUGUAAUGUGCUACUUAGUUGGCACUGCUUUUUUAUAAAAAUGUGUCAGUAAUUUGAAUUUAUUUCCAAUGAUUUUAUUGUAUUUUGAAAGUUUUUUAAUAUUCUGAGAAGACAUGCUCAUACAGGUGCAUACCAUGAAAAAAUAGAUGUGACAGUCAGUGAGCCAACGAUUAGGAAAUGAACAAAUUAUAUGAAUUGUUAGAACAAAGGAGAAAUUCAUAAGGGAACUCUACAAACAACAUUAUAUUUAUGAUACAUACUCGACUGUAUUUGUACCUUUUAUAACAGUAGAUACUGUUACCAUGUUUGUUGCAUGCACAGAAAUAGUUCUCAUUUAUAAAUGAGAUGAUACAUAUUAAAAUAUCCUGUAGAUAUAGUGAUACAUUCUUUGAUUGAUGAUAUUUAGUUAUCUUGCUCAGUGAUGUGCAUGUGAAAGGGAAAAUAUGAACAAAUUUCAAAGCCUCAUUAUUAGGUAAGUGCAAAUGUAUGCACUUACAGUAUGGUAUACUGAUUAUUUUCUAGGAAACUGAGAUGUUCUGAAAACUCCACCUCCACAUAUCCCGUCUUUUGAUAAUCCUUUACAGAAUUAUUUUGUUUGUUAUUUUCUUGAAUAUUCUCUGAAACAUUGUUAUCAUUAGAAUUUAUAAUGUUAAGUCCUGUACAGUUGACAUAAUUCCAGAACUGUUCAGGUUUGUCAGUGUUAAUGUUAUCUGACAUUACAUCUCUUGGUUCCAGAUUGUUUGUGUAGGACAAAGUUGUUGAUUCAUUGACUGUGUGGUUUGACAUUGUAUUACACAUAUACAUACAUGCCUUCAUAGUUGGAAAUUGCAUGUCGUUAUCAUCAGACUUGUUGCCUGGUGGAAACAGAUCAGUCCAAGGCCAGGCAUCCACAGAAUGAUCUCUAGUUUCUUCUAGUGAAUGGUGUGUGAUUACUGCUUUCCCAUCAUCAUUGACAUGCUUUUCAGACAAAUUAUACCCUGUAGUAUGACAAGUAAAAUUAAUUUGUUUGCCUGUGACUGUUAAA